GCCGGCCGGCCGGCCUGAGGGCGAGCGGGAUGCCGGAGCGCCGCCGCGGGGGCCGGAGCGUGUCGUUCGCCGGGUGCGGCUUCUUGGGCGUCUACCACAUCGGCGCCGCCGCCUGCCUGCAGGAGCGCGCCCCGCGCCUCAUCCGCGACGCCCGCCGGAUCUACGGGGCCUCGGCCGGGGCGCUCACCGGCGCCGUGCUGGUCGGCGGCGGCUCUCUGGCGGAAGCUUGUGCAGAUGUUCUGGGGCUUGCCAAAGAAGCAAGGAAGCGAAAUCUUGGUCCACUUCACCCUUCCUUCAAUGUGAUGAAGAUAAUGAGAGAUGGACUCUACAAAAAUCUUCCAGAAAAUACUCAUCAGUUGCUGUCAGGGAAACUCUGCAUUUCACUUACCAGAGUGUCUGAUGGCAAAAAUGUUUUGGUAUCGAACUUUAAUUCUAAAGAAGAAGUUGUUCAGGCUUUGCUUUGCAGUUCCUUUGUACCUAUAUACUGUGGCCUCAUUCCACCUUCAUUUAGAGGGGUGCGCUACGUGGAUGGUGGAAUAAGUGACAACUUACCGCAGUAUGAUACAAAGAAUACCAUCACAAUUUCACCUUUUUCUGGAGAGUGUGAUAUUUGUCCUAAGGGCAACUCUGCAAACUUCCACGAAAUGAAUCUGACUAAUACCAGCAUUCAGCUCACUCUAGGAAACAUGUAUCGCUUGACUCAAGCACUUUUCCCUCCAGAACCCCAGGUACUAGGAGAGAUCUGUGAACAAGGAUAUUCAGAUGCUCUUAGAUUCUUGAGAGAAAAUGGUUUACUACACGACUCAAUUUCUGUCAUCUUACCUUUAAAAAAGAAAGAUCAUGCUCAAACCCCGGGUUAUACUAAUAAGGCAGAAGUUGCGGAAAAUCAAGGCAAAGAAAAGAUGCUAAAGGAAGAAACCCUCAUGGACCAAUUGAAAUUAGCCUCAUGGCCAUUGGACAAAACUAUUUUUGACAAUCUACCUCCUAGACUUCGUACAGCAUUACAGGAGGCUUGUGAAGAGAAAUGUGGAUUCUAUGCUCAGCUUUCUAAAUUUCUUCCAAUGAGACUGAUGUCCUAUAUGAUGCUGCCAUACACCCUGCCGGUUGAAUCUGCAUAUUUUGUGGCCUUAAGAUUAGUAGACUGGUUUCCUGAUAUCCCCAGUGAUGUGCAAUGGAUGCAGGGACAACUUCGUCAGAUUGUAGGUUUUGUAUAUUCCAAAGCAAGAAAAAGGUUGCUGAACGUUCAAAGUAAUGAAAGCCAUAUGCUGAUAAGAAGAUGCCAGACUGCACCACUGAAUAUGGGGCUGCCUUCUCUCUGUCACCAUUCUAAAAUGCCUCAUUCUUCUGCACACCUCAAAGAAUGGUUUUUUGAUCUGCCCUCCUGUGAAGAGUCUGCUAGGAAGGAAGUUGAAGUUAAAACAAACGAAAGCUUUGCAUCCAUUCCCCCUUUUUUCAUGAUCUCUGAAGAAUCAGGUGUGGAAGUGGAUUUCAACUCUUCCUCUGAGCAAAGUUUCCAGACCACCUUGGAAGAUUAGCUUAAGAAUUGCUGUAUCGGGAAGAGAAUUCUAAAUCUUAGAGGGCGUGGAUCCAUGUAGCAUUUACCAACCAGUCUUUUGGAAGAUGUUGUUUACUAUUGAUGACAAAUUGCCUUAGGAAAUCUCUUGUGGCAAGAUAAUUAUAGAAUAGUGGCAAAUAGCUUCUUGUCAAGCUUCCUAAAAGAGAGCUGAAAGGAGGGCCACAGUGCAAUAGAACAAUGUUUAUCAAACAAGAUCACCACUAGGAAAAACGAUCAGAUAAUGGUUUCGGUUUUUAUAUUGGGGCAAACAUAUGUAACAAAACAGAGCUUUUAAAAUUAUUUAACUUUUCAUCGAGAGUCAUUUUCUAUUUACCUUUUUAAAUAAUGUUUAGCACUUGAGUAAAACAAACAGCUGUAUUUGACAAAGGGACAUGGCAUAUAAGCCUUCAAUGAUUGCAUCUGCCUUACCUCUAAAUGUACUACCUAUGAGGGAAGUGUUAGUGUCUUGGUCAUACACACACUAUUAGGGACCUUCUUUCUUCCUCCAGAAGCUCACUGAGAAAUUAUGUGUCUCAACAAGCUUUUACUUUGAAGUCGAAAUAUCACAGAAGUUAUUUCAGGAUAUUUCAGGAUUUGGGUCCAUGCCAGGACAUGCUUAAGGACUAAAAUUAAACAAAAGUUAUACUUUAAAUAUUUUAGAAGAAAGCGUAAGUUCAGGACUUUUUCUGGGAAGACAGUAUAUGUGUAGCAAAGCAACUGUUCAAGCAGGAACUUGGUUGCAGACAUCAUCUAGACAUGGAUAGUAUAAUCCUUCUAUAUAGCAUAAAUAAUAGAGGGUCUCCAUGUGGUUUGGAGUUUACAGAACUGGAAAAGAAUCCAGUGAGUGAAAAGGGAUACCAGUAGUGGCAUCUUAUUUGUUCAUUACUGGUAACAAUCAACAUGAAGAGCAAAAAACUUCUGAAAAAGUGAAAUGAAUUACCCUCGAUAUAAAAUUACCCUGGGUAAUUUAUAAUAAUUCUAUACCAAGUAUCACUGAAUACAAACCAUUUUCUACUCAAUUUUUACUGAGAAAAAUGGGCCAGAGUGAUUUACUCUAGGAUAAGGCCUUCAAGUUGCCAGUGACAUCAGAAGAUGAGAGCAGUGUAAAUAAGGCUAAUUCUCAAGUGGCUUGAAUGUUUAGCAAUAUGCUUUGGGAUGACCACACAAUAUCUCUCAGAGCUGCUCGGUAUCACAUGUAUUAGUGGCAGGCACCUUGCUUCACAAUAUUGCCACUUAAAGGGAUCAGGAUACUCUUGCAUUGCAGAAGAUUCAGAUCCUGUUCUCAGAAAGUUUUAGAGUAGUUUUCAUCGUGUGUCAGGCUACUCGGUUGGCAGAUAAGCACUCCCCACUUCCCCCACUCCCAAUCUGGGCUGUGGAGAUUUAUGAAUAAAGUAGUUCUUUCCUCUUUAUAGUGAUCUCAGGGCUAAUGAAGAAGUGGAAUCUAGAUGGGGAUGAGAUUUCUUUUAUUAGGAAUGAUGAUACAAGUUGGCAAAUAUCAGACUUUGUAUUAUGCUAGUUUCAUUUUCAACUUUGGGUAGAUUCCAUUUGACCAAACGAUAAAUAAGCAGACCUCAGUUCUCACUAAAUAAGAAAACCAAGUACAGAAUUUCAAUACAAAAAUCAAACAGCUUUUAGUUUUUCCAAGUAUAGUCUAACUGAAUUAUUUAUAUCCUUGGUGCUAUUUCACUCAAGAUGUGGUAUUUUACUUAUUGUAGAAUGUAGUGUCUCUGAUGUAUUCUUAAAAAUCUUGAUUUUAUUUCUAACACGAGUUAGUAGGUAUAUUGCUAUAACCAGUUUUUAGACAAGAAAAAUAAAGACAGAAUAUUUGUGUUUAUUUAUAUCAUACUGAAACUUGAUACUGAACUGUUUGAUAUUCUCCAGAAAUAUAUGGUAUCACCUAAAUGUUUUAGUGCCAUCCUUGGUUCUGGGUUUGUAUAUGUAAGCUGUCAUUCUGCAGUCAUUAAAGUUUGUGUGUCCACUUGUAA